CUCACCGACCACUUUCGAGAGAGGACCCCGUCCCUCUGACGUUGUCGGCGCGACGGACAUGGCGCUGCUCCGCGGAGUGCGAGGCCUUUCCGCCGUCCGCGCGCUGCUUCGAACCCGGCUCCGGAGCAACGGUCGGGAGUGUGAAAUUUCCAAGCUCCAGUAUUCGAUCUUUUUGAAUCGCAAUCAAUACACAAUUGCCCCCACUAGUUCCAUCUGCUGGCACCUUUACAGCACACAGACAGCACAGAGUCAGGAGGAAGAGUCAUUGCAUAAUAUCAUCUCUAACUCUGAGACUGUGAAAGGUUCUUUUUCCAAACAUGAGUUUCAGGCAGAAACAAAGAAGCUUCUGGAUAUUGUUGCCCGGUCAUUGUACUCUGAAAAGGAGGUAUUUAUUCGUGAGUUGAUAUCCAAUGGAAGUGAUGCGCUUGAAAAGCUGCGUCAUAAACUGGUGAGCAGUGGCCAAGACCAGACACCACUGGAACUUCAUCUACAGAGUGAUACAAAGAAGGGUACCUUAACCAUCCAGGACACUGGCAUAGGGAUGACCAGGGAGGAACUAACUGAGAACCUUGGAACCAUCGCACGUUCGGGAUCCAAGGCUUUCUUGGAGGCCUUACAGAACCAAGCAGAGGCUAGUGCUGGGAUCAUCGGACAGUUUGGAGUUGGAUUCUACUCUGUGUUCAUGGUGGCUGAUAAAGUGGAGGUGUACACACAGGCAGCAGCGAAUGACAGCACAGCAUAUAAAUGGGCUUCUGAUGGCUCUGGGAUGUAUGAAAUUGCUGAAGCCACUGGGGUGAAACCAGGAACCAAGAUUGUUAUUCAUUUGAAGAAAGAUUGCCAAGAGUUUGCAAGUGAAGAUCGGGUUAGAGAUGUGGUGAACAAAUACAGCAACUUUGUUGGAUUUCCAAUCUACCUGAAUGGACGCCGAUUGAAUACACUUCAGGCUCUGUGGAUGAUGGAUCCAAAGGAGAUCAGUGAAUGGCAGCAUGAGGAAUUCUACCGCUAUGUUGCAAAGGCAUAUGACAAACCACGGUACAUCCUCCACUAUUGCACUGAUGCCCCACUCAACAUUCGCAGUAUCUUCUAUGUGCCAGACAUGAAGCCGAGUAUGUUUGAUGUGAGCAGAGAGUUGGGGUCCAGUGUGGCAUUGUACAGCCGGAAAGUGUUGAUUCAAACUAAAGCCACUGACAUUCUACCCAAGUGGCUCCGAUUUCUACGUGGUGUUGUUGACAGUGAAGAUAUCCCACUGAAUCUCAGCAGAGAGCUGCUACAGGAGAGUGUGCUCAUCAGGAAGCUGCGGGAUGUUCUGCAACAACGACUCAUCAAAUUCUUCCUGGACCAGGGGAAAAAAGAGCCUGAAAAGUUCAUGAAGUUUUAUGAGGAUUAUGGAUUGUUCUUGCGUGAGGGAAUUGUGACAACUACUGAGCAGGAUGUGAAGGAAGAUAUUGGAAAGCUGCUGAGAUUUGAAUCAUCUGUGCUGCCGGCAGGUCAGAUGACCAGUCUACCUGAGUAUGCCAGUCGAAUGAAAGCAGGGAGCCGAAAUAUUUAUUAUUUGUGUGCCCCAAAUCGUCAUCUGGCAGAACAUUCGCCAUACUUCGAAGCCAUGAAGAAGAAGGAAAUGGAGGUUCUGUUUUGCUACGACCAGUUUGAUGAAUUGACUCUACUACAUUUACGGGAAUUUGACAGGAAAAAGCUGAUUUCUGUAGAGACUGACAUUGUGGUAGAUCAUUAUAAGGAGGAGAAGUUUGAGGACAACAGGCCAGCAUCAGAGCGCCUGUCUGAGUCAGAAUCUGAGGAGCUAGUGGCAUGGAUGAGGAAUGCACUUGGAGAACGAGUGGCAAACAUUAAGUUGACUCCACGUUUGGAUACUCACCCUGCCAUGGUUACUGUGCUGGAGAUGGGAGCUGCACGGCAUUUCCUGCGCACGCAGCAGCUUGCCAAGUCCAGUGAGGAACGGGCACAGAUCCUGCAGCCAACACUGGAAAUUAAUGCAAGUCACACUCUGAUAAAGAAGCUGAAUGAAUUACGAGGCCAGAAUACAGAACUAGCUCAACUACUGCUUGAUCAGAUUUAUGAUAACGCCAUGAUUGCUGCAGGACUAAAUGAUGAUCCCCGACCAAUGGUCAGCAGAUUGAACAAACUUCUGACCAAAGUUUUGGAACAUCACUAAUGCCUGAAGGAGGAGUACUGUUGCCCGCUGUCCCAUGUGUGGAAUAGUAGGACCAUUAAGAAGAUCCAAGAAUUCAUCCUCUCCUGUGUUUGAAACUAUGCACAAGUCUUGUGAUUUCUCCAAGCACAAAUUGACACAGAUGUUAUAUGCUGAGAAGAUUCUGCAAGUAAAAUAUUUCCAGAUGAUAA